AUAAAAAGCGGAUGCCAUGGGAACCAUACACACUAAUAAUUUAAUCAGUGCCACUUAAUUUAUUCAUAAUCUCACUCACUAUAAGUAAACCCAAAACCAAUCUCUAAUCUAUUAUCCACUUCUAUAUCUCAGUUUCACAAGCACAGGUUUAAGGUAGAAGUAUUAUCAGCAUGGGGAGAUCAGAGACAGUUUGUAAACAAACUGAAAAUGUGAUUUAUAAUGGUGGAGUGUUUCCUGCUUCAACUGAUGAUUAUGAUGGUGUCAUUGUUGAACUAGAGAAACAAAUGGAACCUCAACUUUUUCUUGCUAGGCUUAGAGCUUCUAUUUCAGCUUGGAAGCAACAGGGUAAAAAGGGAGUUUGGUUGAAGAUUCCUAUUAGACUUGUAAAUCUUGUAGAAACUGCAGUGAAGGAAGGAUUUUACUAUCACCAUGCUGAGCCUACUUACCUCAUGCUUGUUUACUGGAUACCUGACACUCCUAGCACAAUUCCUGCUAAUGCUUCUCAUAGAAUCGGCGUCGGCGGCAUUGUCAUGAAUGAUAAAAGAGAGAUUCUUGUUGUCCAGGAAAAGACAGGCGAGUUUCGUGGAACAGGUGCAUGGAAAAUCCCCACUGGAGCUGUUGAUGAGGGUGAGGAUAUCUUCACGGCAGCUAUACGAGAAGUAAAAGAGGAGACUGGCAUUGACACAGAGUUUAAAGAAAUUCUAGCAUUCAGCCAAGCACACGGAGUAUUCUUUGGGAAAUCAGAUAUAUUUUACAUUUGUAUGCUGAGACCAGUGUCUUUCAACAUUCAGAAGCAAGAAGAGGAGAUUGAGGCAGCCGAGUGGAUGCCAAUCGAGGAAUUUGCAGCUCAACCAUUUGCUCGAAAGAGCGGACUUUUCAAGUACAUGGCUGAGUUAUGCUUUGCAAAGGCGGACAGAGAUUAUACUGGAUUUUCUCCAUUACCUACGUCGUUUAAAGACCAGAUUAAUUACAUGUACGCAAACAGUAAAGAUUUGAAGCAGUCGUCAAAGUUCCACUGAUCGACUAUAAAGAACCGGUUAUUGUUGUAUCUUAUGUUGUAGCGGUAGUAUUUUUCGAUUUUGUUAAUGUUUGAACUGAUCAUUCUGCACACGAUAAUAAGAGAAAAUGUUUGCUUGUAACCUGAAAAUGAAUAAGAAUUUUGGAUAA